CAUUCUCUCUCUCUCUCUCUCACACACACACACACACUCUUUCUCUAGCAAAGAAAAGAGGGUGAUAUAUAUAGAUAGAUAUAUUGAUAUGAUGAAGAUGAUGAGUGAAAGCAUGGAACGCACAAAGAAAAGGUUACCAGCUGGCAAGAGACUAGGGAGGUUUCUGAGGGAGCAGAGAGGAAGACUCUACAUUUUGAGGAGAUGCGUAGUCCUGCUUCUCCGCUCGCAUGACUAAAAUGCAUCCACAUUAUUCAUUGAUCCAUAUAUCUUUCUUACAUUAUUCAUCCUAAAUUAUUAGCAUAGCCAGCUCUCUCUCUCUCUCUCUCUCUCUCUCUCCAAUUGUAAAUGCCAAAGCUAGAGAAGUACGUAUUAGGGAUAUUAAUUUAUUAUAGUGCCCCAUGAGCUUAUUUUGUCAAUGAAAUUGUAUCAACUACAAUUUAUUUUCUGAUAUUCAUUUGUAUAUCAGAAAAGCUAGCAUCUGCAUCACUGUAUUGUUUUUCUCUUACAAAUUAUCUCAUGCAUGUGAUUAAAGAACCAUCUUAUGAGCUA